AUGGCAUACACCAGGAAGCAGGUGGUGACUUGCCUCAGCGUGCUAUACCUCGUCAUUGCAACCGCACUCGCAGGUUACGCUGCCUCCCGCGCGAACGCUCGUUCUGUGCCCAUCUCCGACACGUUGACCGGCUUCACUACGGCUCUACCCAUCGUCUCAGGCCUUCUGCUGGAAUGCGGCUAUGACUUCACGCGUCGACAGGAACGUCGCCAGCAUUUGGGUCGCGGCGAGAUCCAGCGCCCGCCGCUCGUCAUCAUCGCGAACACGCUCAUCUUCAUCUACUCGACCGUCGUGAUUACUCUCGUCGGCACUCAUGCCGCUCCUCCUUCUGGGCUAGACUGCGGAUUGCGCGAGCGCUGGCAGACGUUGUUUAAGCACAAGGAUGCGAGUGCCAUCCGACAGAUCCAAGAUGCUUUCGAAUGCUGUGGCCUUGUCAACUCGCGCGACAUGGCAUGGCCUUUUCCAGACAAAACACACAAGGCCGACGCAUGCGAAGUCACGUAUUACGGCAGGAUGAAUGGAUGUCUGAGACCUUGGAAAGCUGAAGAGCAGGUCAUUGCUGGCAUGCUCAUGGCCGUUGUCGGCAUGGUCUUCAUCUGGCAGUUCGCCAUCAUCGUCAUUCCUACACAGAAGGAGUCGUGGCUGCAUCGCAUCGCGCCUGAUCGUAUUUCCCGCAUGAUCGCUGACGAGCGAAAUGGCGAUGCCGAACCGCGACGGGCUAUCGAUUUUAUCCCUAGAUACAGCAGCAACCGCUAUUCCGACCGCAUCGAGGAGACUGAAGAGGAUAACCAGGACUCAGUUCGUGCUAUCGAGGAGGGCAAUCGUCGCCUCGAUGGCGCCUUGCCAGGACAUGUUGGGAGCGAUCUACAGCCUAGUGUUGAGAAUGAAUGGGCGAGAAAUUAG